CUCUCUCUCUCUCUCUGCCUCUCUCUCUCUCUCUGUCUCUCUCUCUGUCUCUCUCUCUCUCUCUCUCUCUCUGUCUCUCUCUCUGUCUCUCUCUCUCUCUCUCUCUCUCUCUGAGUGCAUGCUGGAGUGGAAGACAGUGAGAGCGUGUCUGAGCGUGAUUGUGUUUUCUAUCUUUUGUUUGUUUGUUUGUUUGUUUGUUUGUUUGUUUGUUUGUUUGUUUGUUUGUUAGUUAGUUGGUUAGUUGGAUAGUUGUUAGAUUUAUAACUGUAGUUUGAAGUGUGUUCGGCUCCGGAGCGGUGCCGACCGGCUCGGCUGGGAGUCAUGCCGGCUCUUGGAGUCGGAGGCGGGGUGCUGGAGAAGCUCGCCCGCCGGCAUGGAGUUAAACUCUGUCCAGCUGUUACCUGCUCCGUUGAGGAUUGCAGUUUAGCAAUCGGAGAAAUGGUCGGUUAUGGCAGUGUUCAGUCCGCAUCCAGAAUGAAUAAUGGAGUCGUGAUUUUUCUGGACAGCGUUGAUAAAGUGAACGUGGUUGUUGAACGAGGUGUGGUGAUUAAAGACACCUUUGUUCAGGUAGUGCCGCUGGUUAAUCCGGCCAAAAACAUCAUUCUGUCAAAAGUCCCUCCGUUCAUUAGUAAUGAAAUGUUGCAGAGGGAACUGGUGAGACAUGGACAUUUAAUGUCUCCAAUUAAACUGAUUCCUCUGGGCUGUAAAUCUCCUCACCUGAAACACGUGGUUUCCUUCAGAAGGCAGGUCUUCAUGAUUCUAAAGAACAACACUGAGGAGGUAAACGUGAUGUUGAAGUUCAGGGUGGAGGAGUUUGACUACAUUGUUCAUGUGUCUUCAGGGAGAAUGAAAUGUUUUUGCUGUGGAAUGGAGGGUCACCUCAUCCGGACCUGUCCACAGAAACAAAACGCUGGGACACAUAAUGGUGAACCUGCAGCACAAAGUCCAGAACAAGACAAUACUCAGAGUACACACAGUACACAGAAAGACAAUACUCAGAGUACACACAGUACACAGAAAGACAAUACUCAGAGUACACACAGUACACAGAAAGACAAUACUCAGAGUACACACAGUACACAGCAGACUGAAGCUGAGCAGCAAGGGGCUGCUGGUUCUGAGGCUGCUGGUUCAGGUUCUGGUGGUCCGGAUGCGGCUCGGCCGGUCUCUGCUGGUUCGGGUGCAGUUGGUCCAGUCUCUACUGGUCUGGUCUUUGCUGGUUCGGGUGCGGCUGGUCCAGUCUCUGCUGGUCCAGUCUCUGCUGGUCCAGUCUUUGCUGGUUCGGGUGCGACUGGUCCAGUCUCUGCUGGUCCAGUCUCUGCUGGUCCGGUCUCUGCUGGUUCUGGUGGGGCUGGUCAGGUCUCUGCUGGUUCUGGGGAGGCUGGUCCAGUCUUUACUGGUCCAGUCUCUGUUGGUCCAGUUUCUGCUGGUUCAGUCUCUGCUGGUCCGGUCUCUGCUGGUUCAGUCCCUGCUGGUCCAGUCUCUGCUGGUUCUGGGGGGGCUGGUCCGGUCUCUGCUGGUUCUGGGGGGGCUGGUCCAGUCUCUGCUGGUUCAGGUGCUGUUGUGGAGGUUACUGAUCAAUCACAUGCUGACGGUAUUAAUAGUGACACAGUCGACACACAGACUGAAACGAAGGAGGCAGAAUGUUCUCUGGAGGAGGAAAGUGAGAUGUUGGUGGAUGAAGACUCUUCUAAAGAGAAGAAGAGGAAGGUGACUAGUGACGAGGGUCAGUCGUCUGGUAAAGUGAAGAAGACCUCUCCUCAGAGUGAGCUCAGCCUGCAGUCAGGUGAGAGUGAAGGUGAUGAGGAGAGUGAUGUGGAGUCUCUAGCUUCCUCACAGAUGUGGGCUCACAAGAGGAGUGUCUACUCUUUAACCAGUAUUAAGAAGUUCCUGCAGGACACUAAGGGACUCAGGAAUGUUAGAGUUGAAAGCGUGUUCCCUGAUUUACAGCUCUUUGUUGAUUCACUGAAGGUUUCUCUCAGAAGUCCUAGAAUUUUUGGGGAGAAAGCUUUCACUGACCAGGAGACUUACCGUAUAAAGAAACUAGUUCAAAAGAUCAAAAAACAGUUCAAAGAUGAUGAAUAAGUCUGAUAGAUAUUCCUUUUUUUUCUUGUUUUGUUCACUUGCUUUUGUUUUACAACUUUUUUUCUAUGCCAUGGGGGACAUACGAAUAGGAAGCCUGAACAUAAAUGGAGCAAGGGAUGAUGGGAAAAGGGCUUCUCUUUUCAAGCUGUGUUCUAUUAAAAAGUUGGAUGUUAUUUUUAUACAAGAGACACACAGUACCUCUGAUAACGAGGCUGACUGGAGGACAGAAUGGACUGGUGAUGAUAUAGAGACACACAGUACCUCUGAUAACGAGGCUGACUGGAGGACAGAAUGGACUGGUGAUGAUAUAGAGACACAGUACCUCUGAUAACGAGGCUGACUGGAGGACAGAAUGGACUGGUGAUGAUAUAGAGACACACAGUACCUCUGAUAACGAGGCUGACUGGAGGACAGAAUGGACUGGUGAUGAUAUAGAGACACAGUACCUCUGAUAACGAGGCUGACUGGAGGACAGAAUGGACUGGUGAUGAUAUAGAGACACAGUACUGAGGAUAA